AUGAGAUCAGUGCCUAUCGAUCAUAGCGGGUCAAGGAAUGGCGCCAGUAUGGACGAAGUAGCUACCAAGUCUGAGCCGAACAACACCAUCGAGGGUUCCUGCAGCUCAUCUCUCUCUACGCCGGAGCCGGAAGGGGAGGUUGUCGUCCAGGACCCCGUCCAGAGACAGAAGCGAAAGGGGGGAAGAAAGCCAAUCUAUGCUACUUCUGAAGAACGGAAGCAAAGAAACAGACAGGCACAGGCGGCCUUCCGUGAAAGACGGACCGAAUACAUAAAACAAUUAGAGACGACGAUAAAGCACAACGAGGAGGCUCUGCAUGGCUUACAGCAAAGUCACCGAAAUGCCGCAGACGAGUGUCUCAUGCUCCGGUACAAGAACUCGCUGCUAGAGAGGAUACUCCUGGAGAAAGGCGUCGAUGUACAAGCUGAACUACGCCUCAGGGGCGGCAGUCCCAAUCUACCACCCAGCAGGCUACCGCCGAACGCAACAAGCCAGCCAUCACACACAUCACACACCUCGCCCACGUCACAGAGCCCUCCAGGCCAGGCCGGACUGGUCCAGAAGCUAGAACCCAUCUCCGUGUCACACGUACGCCGUGAGAGCGGCUAUGUCAUGCAUUCCCCGCAACUCCAGCCCACCCCGUCAUCCCAUGUAUCAUCGCCGGUUGCAACGAAGUCACCGGCCUUUAGCAUGCAGGGAGGCAUGUCUCCCACCGCGACGGAGAUGCACGGCCAGCAGCAACAGCAACAGCAGCAGCACUACAAGUCUCACCCGUACCACCGGCCUCAGCUGUCUCAGUCAAGCGGCUUUGGCCAGGGAAUGACAUCGGCCGCGACUGAAAAUAUUGAACCGACCCCAAUCCUACCCUCGCGGAUACCGCCUACCUACUACCUUUCACCGUUUCAAAAGCAAUAUAACCAGAACUUUGCUAACCCGGAUUGUGCAGAACAGGAAUAUGAUGCCCGUUCAAGUUCUGUGGACGGACCCGAUCCGUCAGAGAGCACGGCAGACUACUCGUCUCAGCCACAGCUUCCGCGCAUACAGCAACGACAGCACCCAGCUUCAAGCAGCGGGGAAGCAGAAGGCAUGACAGCCAGCUCAUCGUAUAUAGAUCACUUUGAUCCAAUGAUGGAUCCAGACCCGUUCGGUCUGUCUGCCAGCAUGCACUUUCCUACACCAUUUACCUAUGCCCAAGGCCAUGGGCGGCAGUAA